GGCCAGCGCAAGGCAAACAACCGCAGGAGCUAAUCACAUUUCGUCUGUGGAGCAUUUAGUAGUGCACAUCUAACACGUUUCGCUCCCAGCUCGCCCGCAAAAACCCUUGCUUACAAGUUUCAACUCACUUUUGCCUUUUUGAUGGUCCUCUAACAUCUGCCUCAUGCUGCCGGGACGAGUCCUCUUUCUAGGGACAAGUUAACGUGAUAGCGACACCAAUGUUUACGCUGGCAUGAGUGUGUGUUUUUGUUAAGACCUGGAACUAAAACCGCCAGUAAAGGAAGUCAACUAGCCACUUGCUUGUUGUAUGCGCAGAAAAUAUCAAAAGUUCGGCCGGGUAAAUUUCAUUAAUGGAAUAAACACGCAGAUGACUUCACAAGAGUACUACAGUACAGUCGUAACUAAGUGAAUCGUAUCGCAACCGAACUCAUCGUCUAGGUUUAUCAUUAACAGCCAAACACUUAAUAAAUUCAACUGAAAGCAGUGCAUCGCCUUCAUUCUUGUUGGCCCAUAUCCGAGGGGCAUCUUGACCUGUACAUCUUGCCGAAAGGAAAAUAAACACAACACAAACUAUUCAUUUGCUUUAUACCGACCGACAAUAGAAAGUGCAUCAUCGUAACCGCAAACAGGCAGCUGUGCUGCAACCAAGUGCAUCGUGUAUCCUUUCGAUUCCCGUACGCUUGGCGGGUGUGAGUGUUAUAAAACGUGGUCUCAAGUGCUGGGAAGCAACCGUGUGAGGCGAGCAUCUUUACCGCCGGUGCAAUCCUGGCCAGUAUCCGACGAGGACUGUUGAGGACGACGAUUGCGUGCGAAGUGGCCGGAAAGCGGGAUGCCUGGAGGAGGCGUUGUGUUUCUGGUGUGUGUGCCAACGGCAAAUUAUGAACGGGCUCUAAUUAACGGAUUGGAGUACGGAAACAGCCAAGUUCCCGCUCCCUCAAUCACAUCACAUCAGCAGCAGCAAAAUUCACUUGGUCCGACGUUGCCCACGAACAACUCCAACAUCGGACGCAACUUAAAUAUAAACGUUCCGGAAAAUGCCGUUCAAUCGGGUGACGCGAGUGAUUCUGCGAAUGCCGUUUUGCGACUCGAAGUCGAGCUACGAGAUAAGCAUGUACCACCACCAAGCAAUCAACGGGCAGCCAAAGCAAGACCCGGACAGCCGCCCCCACCGGCUCCGGUUAACGCAAAUCCAUUUAAGAGCGGGGGAUUCAAACAGCGCAACGAUAAUUGCUUCGUGCCGAUGGAACAGGUGCUCGAAGAGCUGUUGAAAAAGCUCGAGAUUGAGCACGUACUGUGGCAUCCGGACCGGACCGGUCACUACUAUCAGGUGCUGUUCCCACUGGCCGCCGGUGAUCCAUGCGAAACGACCCUGCACUGUUUGACCGAGCUGGGCAUCGGCGUUCGAGCGAAAUCGAGUGUGAGCGUUUUGCCAUGUAGUGUUUGUUACGAUGGUUCCGCUCAAGACGACGACGAUUACGGGUAUGACAGCAGCGAGGAAAAUCCCAAAUGGAACAGUUUCGUCGAGUCAAUUCGAUCGAAACUGACGGUAAAACAGGUGGUCGACGGUGUCCGGGCUGGUGGUUCGUUAUCGUUCGACUAUCUGCUGCUCAUCGUUACGGCCGAUUCAUUGGCCGCCCUUGGACUGGUGGAGAACAAUGCUCCAAAUAUUGUGGCAGCUAUGCUGGUUUCGCCCCUGAUGGGACCGGUCAUGUCGAUUACGUUCGGUGCGAUUAUAGCUGAUCGGGAAUUGGUGAGAGUCGGCUUCGUAUCUUUGGCAUUGGGAAUGUUCAUCUCCAUACUCUUUGGUUUCAUUUUCGGUUUGAUUCUUGGUACCACCGAAAUGCCCUGGGGAUUCGGAGAUUUUCCUACGGAGGAAAUGAAGGGACGUGGAAAUGCACGAUCCCUCUGGAUGGGCAUUCUGUGGGCUCUUACGUCGGGUAGUGGUGUUGCGGUGGCGCUGCUGCAAGGGUCCGCCGGUCCGCUAAUCGGUGUGGCAAUUUCGGCAUCUUUGCUGCCACCCGUUGUCAACUGCGGUCUUUUCUGGGCACUGGCUUGCAUCUGGCUGAUCUACGAGGACAUCAAAAUACCGCACCUGAAGGGUGAGCCAUUCCGGGGAAACUCCAGCUACGAAUUCAUCUACACGAAUUACAUUCCGACGGAAUUUUUAAUUAGCGGAAUCGUUUCCGGGCUGCUCACGGUGAUCAACGUAAUUUGCAUCUUCAUCACCGCCAUCAUCGUGCUCAAGAUAAAGGAAGUGGCUGCUCCUUACACCUCUAGUCCGGAUUUGCGCAGAUUCUGGGAGACGGAUAUAAGAACUGCACGUACGGCCAAUCGGACUACUAUUCGACGGAGGCAAACCGGAGCUAGCGAAUCGGAUGUUAUGUCGACGUACGCCGAGCUAGAGAAGGACCCGAAGGCUCGCAGCUUGGAGACGGCCUUGGAGCAAGCGUUGAAGGAGGCUGUUGAUGACGAUACCUAUCGCAAGGUGAAGCGAAUGAGCUACUCGGGCAACGCUGCCAACGAGAUCGCAGAAAGAUUGUUUGCACCAAAUGGAGUCGGUUCGACGGCUUCCGGAACGGCAGGGUUACAACCUAAUCGAGCAAGUAUUCGAAACUCCAAAAACACAGCCGAUUUGAAACUAUUGGAAAAAUUAGUAACAUCACUGCUGGAGGCACAGGAUUCCGCAAAUAGACAGCGAUCGACCGGCAGUGGCACAACAACACACCGUUUGCGACCGCUAUCGCGGUCAUUCCGCUUACCAAGUUCCAUCAGCCGUAAGGAUACUAGCAACUCGGGCACUGCGGGCACUGGUGGCGGUGGAACAAUGCCUACGAUUCGAGAAUCGGCUGGCAGUGGACUGAGGAUCAAUUCUUGGGGCGACCAGAACAGUAACGUACGGAGGGUUUUGAGCUCUAUUGCCAAUGCACCGCACCGUUUUAGCCAAUCGCUCGGUGCUGGGGAUGCAAACAACGACGAAGAGAGAAGCAAUCUGACACAGAACAUACUUUGAUUAUACUUUCAGAUGGAUUGGUAACAUUCAUUCGCCCUGUGCAGUGUUUUUAUAAUGAAUAGAUUUAAAAUGUAUUGCUUCAACUGUCCAGAGGGUGCAGUAAAUAUUAUAAACGCAAUGUGUUGAAUGAACUAGGGGAAUUCAGCCAUAGGAGACAGUUGCUUUAAUGUAUAAAUCAAACUGAGCACAAAUGAAUACAUUUAUCUGCAA